CAUUGCGAUACAGCAGAGUUGUUAGCCGCAUAGCUUACCAUAACACAAUGCCAUAUAACCUCUGACAACAAGGAAUAUAAACUGCGAAAGUGUUAGUUAUGUGGUCCCACCCAGGAGGUGACUUUAGGUCAUCGCCUAAUGUCCUCGUUAUCACUCUAGUUAUUGCAUUUUUCACGGAAACUGUCCGGUGUCUCUCCUCGAACCUUGAUAGUGAGUUUACAUUUCUACUGCCCGCAGGAAGGACCGAAUGCUUCUUCCAAACGGCAUCGAAAAAUGGGUCCAUGGAAGUUGAAUAUCAGAUCAUUGCAGGGGCCGGUAUGGAUGUGGACUUCACCAUCCUCUCUCCGCACGGCUAUCAGCUGAUCUCAGAGUUCCGCCGCUCUGACGGGGUGCACACUGUGGAGCCCACUGAGGAGGGCGACUACCAGAUCUGCUUUGACAACAGCUUCAGCCGCUUCUCGGAGAAGAUGGUCUUCUUCGAGGUCAUCAUGGAGGUCCCGGCGGCCAAUGAGGAGGGCGGGGACGACGAGUGGGCGGGACUUGGGGAGCCCGAGACCCUAUUGGAGUACAAGCUGGAGGACAUCAGGGAGUCCAUAGAGUCUGUGCAUCGUCGGCUGGAGCGUAGUCGUCAGAUGCAGACGGCGCUGCGUGCCCACGAGGCGCGUGACCGCUACCUGCUGGAGGACAACCUGUGGCGCGUCUCCUUCUGGUCCUGCGUCAGCCUGCUGGUGCUGCUCAGCGUGGCGCUCACGCAGGUCUACACCGUGCGGCGCCUCUUCGAAGACAAGAGGAGGGUCUGCACGUAGACAUACGCGUGUAUGUGUUUGUGUUUAGGGCAGUGUGUGUGUGUGUG